ACCCAUUAGCUAACCCUUCACCAAACAAAUCUCAACCUAAUUUUCCUAUUUCUCUCUUCAUUUGCUUAAUAUUGACUGUUGUCUGUAGGAAAUAGGACAUCUCCAUGUGAUCUCAAAAAGCCCUUGUCUUCCACUAGACAUCCUGUCACAUAACCACUUAUCCACCAAUUAUUGAAGAAAAACAAAUCCAUCCAUCUAUAUAUACUCAUACUUGCAAGCGUUUCAAAAGCAGCACAAAUCUACAACAAUAUCCUCGAGCAUCAAAAUUUUAGUGCUUUCUUCUUAUUUCCUCAAACACAAAGAAUGGGCUUCCGCUUACCAGUAAUUAGAAGGUCUUCCUUUGCUGCAAAAAUGGCUUCAUCAAAAUCUGGACAGGUGCCAAAGGGAUUUCUUGCAGUAUAUGUAGGAGAAGAAAUGAAGAGAUUUGUGAUCCCCAUCUCAUACUUAAAUCAACCUUCAUUUCAAGAGUUAUUAAGCCUAGCUGAGGAAGAGUAUGGAUACGAUCAUCCAAUGGGUGCUCUCACUAUUCCUUGCAAAGAAGAUAUCUUCCUACAAGUCACUUCUUCCUUCAACGGGCGCUAGCUUGCAAAGACAAGAUUAACCUAGAUUAGUCAACACAAUUUUGUAAAGGAAGCAAUUCAGAUCCUUUUGCUUUAUAAAGAUUUUUCCUCCUUCUUUUUCUUCCCAUACUUGGGAAGUGGAAAUUGGUGUACAUGCGAAGGAGAAAUUUAUCAAUAAUUUUUAUUCAUGUUAU